CUUCACUUGCAGUAAAUGCAACUGUGCAAGUGGAACUACAAAACGAAAUUACAAGAACAACAACCCUAUCAGAUCUUGGCACCCUUUGUUCAAAUAAAAACCCAUCAGAUCUUUGGUCAAAAUAUAAACUCACUCUCACUUCCCCACAUCUCGCCAACCCAGAUACACCUUUCUUCAAGCUUCCACCUUUUUCUUUCUCUCUCUCUCUCUCUCCAAUGGCCGCCUCUUCACUUCUCCAAUCUCCCCACCUUAAUAACCCCAAACUCACCUCUAAACCGAAAUCCAUUUUUCAUAAUGGACAUAAACCCAUUCCCUAUUUUCUUUCCAUCAGAGCUUCCACCUCUGAUCCAUCCCACACUCCGUCUCCAACUCCAACUCCAACUCCAACUCCAACAACCUCCAGUAGAGGAUGCAACAUUCGCGACGAGGCCCGUCGCCAGAACUUAUCAAACCCACCGCCCAGCAACAAUUUCUCCGCAAAGUACGUUCCUUUCAAUGCAGGACCUGCUUGUACAGAAUCCUAUUCACUCGAUGAGAUCGUUUACCGCUCUCAGUCAGGUGGGCUCCUUGAUGUUCAGCAUGACAUGUCUGCUCUCAAGGCAUUUCCGGGUUCUUACUGGCGUGCCCUUUUCGAUUCUAGAGUAGGGAAGACUAACUGGCCUUAUGGAUCCGGAGUUUGGUCUAAAAAGGAAUGGGUUUUACCUGAGAUAUCAAGUGAUGAUAUUGUCAGUGCAUUUGAAGGGAACUCGAAUCUGUUUUGGGCUGAGAGAUAUGGUAAGCAGUUUCUGGAUAUGAAUGAUUUGUGGGUUAAGCAUUGUGGGAUUAGUCAUACUGGGAGUUUUAAAGAUUUGGGUAUGACUGUUUUGGUUAGUCAAGUUAAUAGAUUGAGGAAAAUGAAUAAACCUGUUGUUGGUGUUGGCUGUGCUUCUACUGGUGAUACUUCUGCUGCAUUAUCUGCUUAUUGUGCUUCUGCUGGUAUUCCUUCUAUUGUAUUUUUACCAGCUAAUAAGAUUUCCAUGGCUCAAUUAGUACAGCCUAUUGCUAAUGGAGCUUUUGUUUUGAGUAUUGAUACUGAUUUUGAUGGGUGUAUGCAGUUAAUACGAGAGGUUACUGCUGAGUUGCCUAUUUAUUUAGCUAAUUCAUUGAAUAGUUUGAGAUUAGAAGGGCAAAAAACUGCUGCAAUUGAGAUUUUGCAGCAGUUUGAUUGGGAAGUGCCUGACUGGGUUAUUGUUCCUGGAGGUAAUUUAGGGAAUAUAUAUGCUUUUUAUAAAGGGUUUUAUAUGUGUAAGGAGUUGGGACUUGUGGACAGGAUUCCUAGACUAGUUUGUGCACAAGCUGCUAAUGCAAAUCCUCUUUAUCUGUACUAUAAGUCAGGGUGGAAAGAUUUUAAACCUGUUAAAGCAAGUAGUACAUUUGCAUCUGCUAUUCAGAUUGGCGAUCCUGUUUCAAUUGAUAGAGCUGUUUAUGCAUUGAAAAAUUCAAAUGGGAUUGUUGAGGAAGCUACUGAGGAGGAGCUAAUGGAUGCAAUGGCACAAGCAGAUUCUACUGGGAUGUUUAUAUGUCCACAUACAGGGGUGGCAUUGUCAGCAUUGAUUAAGCUCAGGAAUAGUGGAGUUAUAGGGCCUACUGAUCGAACAGUGGUAGUGAGUACUGCUCAUGGGUUGAAGUUUAGUCAGAGCAAGAUUGAUUACCACUCUAGUGAUAUUCAGGACAUGGCUUGUAGGUUUGCUAAUCCGCCUGUGAGUGUUAAGGCAGAUUUUGGGUCCGUCAUGGAUGUUUUAAAGAAGUAUUUGUUGAGUAAAGAAACAAAGUAUUAGAUUGAUCUUAUGAGCAUAUGCGUUUGACUUAUGCGGCUCAAUCUCAUUACUGUCUUCAAAUAGGCAUCUAUGUUGUCAAUUCUUAUGAUUGUUAGAGAUCUCUUGAUAGCACUUUGAUUUGUCUUGCCCGGUAGUUCUAGAAGAGGGAAACCACAUGUAUGGCAAUGUAACCAUUUUUCGACGGGCUGUCAUCAUUUGGAUUUAAAGAAAAUUUUUAUUGAGCUUUUUGCUUUAAA